GAAAGCGAAUGUGAAACUCGGAGCUCAGUCGUGACGCCCGUAUAUAAGAAGCUGCACCGCUAGGAUUCGGGUGUCUGACUGGGAGACGGGGAGAGGACAGCGGCGCAGUGUGAGAUGUAAGUCAUCAGAUUUCAUCUGCAGUUUGGUGACUUGAGGAUGGGAGGCUCAGAAUCAAAGCCAAAACCAGUUGAAAACAUAUGCCAACUCUCACCACUGUUACCUAAACCAUGGAGAGAGGUGGAGUUCAGCAUGCGAAAAAAGACUGAACUCUUGGAGGAGGUGAAAAAAUAUGAAACACUGACUGAUGGCGUGGAACAGCCCAGAAUUCUGCUGACUGGGCAGAUUCAAGCAGGAAAAAGCAGCUUCAUCAACUCUGUUAAUUCCAUCUUCAGAGGAUAUCCAAUAUUCCAGGCCGCAGCUGGUUAUGGAAAACAAAGUGUGACCAAACAUUACAGAACCUACACAAUUUCUGAUUCCAAGGGUGGUGGAAGGCUACCAUUCAUCUUUUGUGACACCAUGGGCUUGAACGGAUGUGAUAAUGAAGUUGGAAUUCUUCCUCAAGAUGUCAUCAGCAUAAUUAAUGGAUAUGUUCCAGAUAAUUAUAAGUUUGAUCCCAUCACUGCAAUGUCAACAUGCAAGAAAUGCACAGAGAGGCCCAGUCUGGCAGAUCAGGUGCACUGCAUCGUCUAUGUCGUUGAUGCCUCCACAGCAAGCCUCUUGGACAAAGGACUGCUGAAAAUGCUCCAGAUAAUUCAAGACAAAGCCUGUAGCCUAGGAAUUCCCCAGCUUUUGCUGCUCACUAAGGUAGAUUUUGCCUGCAACAUCGUUAAAGAUGACCUUACCAAAGUAUACGAGAGCCGCUACAUUCAUGAAACAGUAAUAAAAGUCAGUCAAAUGGUGGGUGUCCCAGUUACCUGUAUUUUGCCAGUGAGAAACUACUGGUGUGAGACAGAGCUGGACAUGAAGGUGGACAUCCUGAUCCUGAAAGCCCUGCAAGAAAUCCUGAGACAAGCUGAUGCCUUCUUUGAUGAGAUAAAGAGGAUAGAGUGAACAAGCACCUCCUUUAUCUAAUGAAUGAAUUUCAUGUAGAAUAUUAAAGUCAUAAUGUUAAGGUUGCUACAGUUAGGGUCAACAAUUAAAGGGAAAUAUAAGUUGAAGUUUAUAUGAAAUGCAUAAGUCCAUUAAACAUCAACUGUUAAAGACAUACUCAAAUAAGAUUGAGGAAAGCUUUGGUUUUGAGAGUCUUAUUACUCACAAUGUUACGAUAUACCCAAAAGUACAAAUGUCUUACUCUUGUCUGGCACACAAAUACAGUAGCUUACAACUCACCAUAGUAGGGUUUAGUGGUUAUUUGAGUUGCAGUUCUUCUGCUUGCCAUUCUCCCACAUCCAUCUCCAUAUGUGUUUCCUCAAGGCACAUGUGAAAGUUGACUGGAAAAUCUAAAUUUACUCAAUAUAAAUGAGUGCAAGUGUGUGUGUACAUGUGAGACUUGCAGUGGGCUGGUACUCUGGACAGAGUUGGUUCUUGCCUCACAUUCUACACAAACACAUUAGACUCCAACCCAUCACUGCAUAUAAGAACAUUAGAGCAAUUUUGGUGAGAACAGGCCAUUCAUCUCAACAGAUCUGCCAGUCCCAUUCACCAAAUUUUACAAAAUGAGGUCAGGUUUUGGAGGGCUUUGAAGUCUGACCACACCACUUGCUCACUUAAGUUUCUGAGGCCCUCCGUAAUGAAGAAAACUUUUCUAAAGUGUGAAAUUUUCUUUUAACAAGUUCCUACCUGUGUUCCAGUGUUCUUGUUGAGCUCAUUUUAAAGUAACAGCUAGAAUCCACUGUAUUAUUUUUAUUUCACAACUUUAAACACUUCAGCCAUGUCUCUUUUUAAGUUGAGGUUUGUUUUUUCUUUAUAGCUCAAACCUUGCAGUCCUCUGAUAAGCCUAGUUGCCCUUUUCUGGCCUUUGCUUACUGUGGCUUUAUCUUUAAUUAUAAAAAAACAGUAAUGACACACUGCACGAUAACAUGCAGUGAAUACACUUGACUUGAGCAUUCCUAGUUUUCCUCCUCUUUCUUUCUCUGUACGUUUAUCACUCAUUUGCUCAGAGGUUGAUGCGCUUGCUGCUUCCUGAGCUGCUCUCGUUUUUCUCCACCCUAGCGGCCCGCUUCUUCUCUUCUUUCAUCUGCAUCUUUUCAAGUUAAAAUUGAUUAAGUCAGUGUUUGUGUUGCAAUUACUUUGUACGUUUUCUUUAAUUUUUCACUUAAGCUGGCACUUAAGUCUUCAAUCUGCCUCAAGAAUGAUUUAAGAUAUGAAGAGGUAGGGGAAGUGACGUCGAAGGUGAUAGGAAUGAGAGCUGCGCCCUUAUGCAUGCACUGCACUGCUGCCCUGCUGGUCGCUGCCGAGAGUUGAUUCUACAAUAAAAUAAAAUAAAAAUAAAAAUAGGAAUAAUCUUGGCAGUCAAUCAUCACCCGGAAAGCAGAUAAUAGACGUCAGAUGGUAUAUGUGUACAAAAUUUCAGGCCAAUAGUUCAAAGGGUUUGCGAGCUACAAGUGAUUUAAAAUCCUGGACAGACAAACGAACAGCCACGGUAGUGUAUUAAAUAUUAUAAGAGCCAUUUUCCUAGUUAUAUAAACUUCAUAAAUAUUUUACUAGAUGAUAAUGCAUAAUCUAUGGGAGGUUCCUAUAACCCCCAUAAGUAGAAUUGUAUUGGUAUAUUUUUGCCAUUUCUAAUAGCUUUGAGUAAACUUUAUUCUUCAGUUAGUGACAGCCUUGCCAUGUGUAAGGUGUAGAGGCAUAUGGUUUUAAACCGUGACUGUGCCUGAGGGCCUACGGGCUCUUUGAGUGUGUAAAAUAACUCUAAGAAAAUAGUGCUUAUUUAAGUACUGUACCGUACGCUUAAGGCGUACAGAAGAAGAAAUUAAGUACCUUUAAGUACAGAAAUAACUAAAGUGUCUCAAGAAUUAGAGAAGAUACAUUUUUCUUUUUCUUUGCUUUUUAUUCUAUGUGUGUAACUAUUUUUUCUUUUAUUUUUGUGUGGAUUAUUUUCUUUUAACUUUCACUAAAUAUUUUUAAAACUACCAAGAGAUUUCUUUCAACACACGUUUUACCCGUGCAUGAUCUCGCCUUAUGCUUCGGUGGCUACAUAUAUAAAGACUGUAUGCAGAACUCCAGAUGAGGUCUCACUAGUGUGUUAAAAAUCUUAAGCAUAACGUCCAUGUCUCCACACAUCAGGGCGCUAUGUAAUCUCACAACUUAUUAGCCUUUGUGAUCACUUCUGUACACUGUCUGGAUAUACACAGUGAUGAGUCCACUACAACUCUUGGGUUACAUUAUAACUUGUUUUUUUUUUUUUUUGUAUAGCACUCUUCACUGAUUGCAGGCACACAGCACUGUGAACAAACACACACAAAAAUGUACUAAUUACUAAAUACAGAACUGGUGUGCACAUAAAUACAGAUUUGGUAAAACACACAGAGAACAAGGUAGAAAUUGAUUAAACAUAAAUGGAAACCAACAAUCUCUGUCUAUCAAUUGGUGAACUAUGACCAGCAGCUCUAGUCAGGGUGUGCUAAAUGGAAGUCGUGAGUCUUCAGCCUGAUUUGAAAGCUGAGACCGAAGGGGCAUCUCUUAUAGUACAAGCAAACCACUCCACAGUUUAAGGGCCCUGUAACUAAAAGCUCGACCUCCCACUGUUAUUUUAUUAAUCCUUGGAAUCAUAAGCACACCGGCAUCUUGAGAUCUUAAUGUAAGCACUGGUUUGUAAGUCAUGAUAAGUUCAGUUAAGUAAGCCAGACCUCUGCCAUUUAAGGCAUUCUAUAUUAAAAGGGGGGGUUUAAAAUCUGCCCUAAACUUAACCGGGAGCCAGUGUAAGGGUUUAAGAACUGGGGUUAUGUGUUCACAUUUUCUGGUUUCUUGUAAUAAAUUUCACAGAAUCAUUUUGAAUUAACUAAAAGCUGCAUAAAGAACAAUUUAAACAGCCAGAGAACACUGCAUUGCAUUAGGGAAUUCUACUAGAAAUAAAUGCAGGAAUUAAUUUCUCAGUAUUUUCCAUAUUUAGGAAUUGUCAUAAUCUUCCAACAUUUUUAAAAUGGAAAAAGCAUGUUUCAGAUGGUUUUGUAAUGUGUGUUUAAAUGACAUGAUAGUGUCAAAGAUAACGCUGAGAUUGUGGGCUGAGACAGUAAAAGUAAUGGUGAUUCCAAUUUAGUUAAAAAGUGACAAAAAGUUGUUGUGGUCUCAUCCAUCCACUCCUUUAACUCAGUGACACAAUUAAUUUAUGACAGCAUAGGAGAAACGUCACCUGGUCUAAAAGAAAGGUGUAACUUGGUGUCAUUGUCAAAUGAGUGAAAAUGAAUGUUAUGUUUUCUAAUGAGAGUUCCCAAUGGAAUCAUGUAAAAUAAAAACAGUAAAGGACCCAGCACUGAACCCUUCUGUGUAUAGUGAUGGCGUCCUGUCAGCACACUUCUGUACUGAUAACAGUUUUAUAAGUUACAACCAAACCAGACAAGCACAGGGCCUUAGAGCCCCCAAAUGUCAUUUUCCACCCUCGGUAAUAAAAUAUGGUCAAUGGUGUCAAACACUGCAUUUAAAUUUAACAGCAUACUUGCUGUGGAGUUUUCUUCAUCAGAGAAUAUCAGAAUGUAGUUUACAACAUGUGUUAGUGCCAUUUCUGUUUUUAUGACUGAGGUGAAACCAGACUAGAAUUUCUCAGAUAAAUUGUGAUGUGUAGAGUGAGACUGAAGCUGAGUGGUGACUACUUUUUGAAGUAUUUUAGAAAGAAAGGGUAAAUUUGAAAUGGGUUUGUAAUUAUUAAGUGUAUGUAGGUUUCAGGUAUGACUUUUUAAGUAAUGAUUUGAUAACUGACACUUUAAGUGCAUCAGAAACUGCGUUAUUCACUAAUGAGCUAUUGAUAAUGAGGUUUAAGAAAUCAAAGUUACGACGUCCUGUUCUGUUACCAAAGUAAAGUGAAGUGGUAUGUGUAAGGCAAGACAGGGUUUGCUAAUCUAGGGUUACAUUUGUGAGGUGACACUAAGAUCUGGGAUAUUGUAUUGUCAAUUUACUUAUUAAAGAAGUUCAUAAAUGUGUUGUUUCUUCUCAAAAGGUUGUACUUUCAAAUUUUAAAACUCUUAUUGUGUAUUCAGAUUUUACAUUUUUAAAUUAUUUGUUGUUGCAAUAACGAGACAUUACACAGAUAAAGGUUUGGGGCAGCCACCCGUAUAAUGUGGUAUCCUGGCUGCAAAGUCGUUUGUUCAAUAAAGAGCACUGAUGUGCAUACAACAGAGUCCAAAACAAGACUGACACAUAGGGAAAAUGGUUAGACUUUUAAAGGGGAAGACAGGAAGUGAGGUCAUAUGGGUCUGGCUGAGGUUCAUCUGCCAUUGGUUUGAGCCCGGAGAUGACAUCACAGGGGCCGGAGCCGCUAAGGUCUUCUUCCAUUGGCUCGGUCCCGGAAGUGACAUCAUGAGAGCCAGGUGAGAUCUCCCGAGAAUGGUCUACAGGCAAAGGAAAAAAAGAAUCAGUACACUCUGCCACAUCCCGGCAUGCCUCAGAACUGCCUUCCCUCGAGCCCUUUAGCUGCCUCCCAUGCGCACGUGUGUGACAUUGUUUAAUACUUUACACUUUUUUCUUAAUAAUUGCUUCCAUCUACAGAUUAACCUUAUCAGUCUACAGCUACUUGGCUCAGCCAGAUUCCCUUUUUUAAAUAAUGGGAUAAAUGAGAAGUGGACUGUCGAUAGUUAAGGCAUAUAAAAGAACAGUGCUUGCUGAGUCACCACAUGGAAACACCUCAGAACAGAAAUGGGACAAUAUGGAAGUUUUAAGUAAACGUAAAGUCCUGACCUUCAAGUUUCAAAUCAAGUGUCAAAUUAUAAGGAUUACAUUCAAGCAAGUCAAGUCGAGACAUUGUUGAGAAGACCUGAGUAGGAAAAGUGCUUGCAGUUUCAACACUAAGUGCAUUUAAUCAGUUUGUGAAAAUGUCUACUAACAUUUAAGAUUACAGUAGCCUUUCUCAGAGAAAACACAUUUUCAAAAAGAAGUGACAGCAAUUGGUAUAUAAAUAAGUUAGUUAAGUACAGCCCAUAAUAGUAGAGUAGUGGAUCCAACGAUCUCGGCACUGCAACUUUUUUGCGUUUUAUGUUAACAAUUCCAAAUGACUUUUCUUGGGUUCUGUUCAUUAUUUUAAAAAGUAAUAGUCUGCAUUUAGUUCUGCUCAAACUGCAUUGUCUGUUCUAUGGUUAUCUCUAAUAAACAAAAGUAAUGUAUAUGGAAAUAUCAAAGGUGUAAUUAUUAAAGAUGUUAAAUAAAACAAUAUACUUUCUAACAUCUGACUGGGAACAAACAACAAUAUAAUGACAUGCCAGCUAUAGAAUGGACUGUGUUUCGCGUGUGUAAAUUUAUAUUUUCUCAUCUCCCCAAAAACCAAUCAAAGUUGGCACAUUACAAUGAAACAGCACAAGUGUCAUGUGUUCCAGCUCCUCACACUAGCAUAAGCUAAUGAGUUAAAGUGUUAAAGUCAUCUUUACUCUGAAAUCUCUUAGUUUAAGCAUCUAAACAUCUUAGCCAUCUAAACAUGAUCUAAUACAUGUUGUUCACAACUCAGGUAGCAUACUGUAACAUUUCAGCACUUUGAGAAAAAUCUGUGAGCUAGAAAAGAGGGCUAACAACAACUUUGUAUAGCACUGGGGAAACAACACUUAUGAGACCUCAUUGAUGGUAUAAUAAAGCACAUACAGCGUUCUUUGCAGGAUCAUUUUGUACAGGCCCUCAUUUGGACAGUCAGUUCACAGAGAUGGGAGAAACAAAUGGAUCGUGCAUCAGCCUCGCACCCCAAAUGGAGAGUGGAUGACUCGAUUCAGUGUGGUAGAAUGUUCAUAGGCAGCUGGAAACAGGGUCGGCGGAACCAGGAAUUUGACACUCGGUCAAGGAGAUAGGUUGAAGUUGAGACAGUGACAUAAUAAUUACUGCAUUUGGGGUCAACGCUCUAGCAGGUAAAUGUCUUUAUGAAAUUUAAAGUGACAAAGUUUAAAGAUGUUGUUGUAGUUUUGGUGAUAUUUGACCUGCCACGCAUGUAGGCAGCCAUGUCACUCUUUGCAGUAUAGUCUCCAGUAAAUUCAGAAUAGCCAAAAAUGUUAAUCCUCAGUGGUGAUCCCUCCAUUGCUUUGCCUUCCAGCACACUGAUUAGUCAUGAUGACUUUUGCAGGUAUUUAGUACAGAAAAUAUAUUAAUAGAAUGUAAAUUAAAGAAAUGCAAUUUGAAAA